AUGGAUUUCUCCGCACGGCAUUUGUCCGUCUGCCUGCAGUGAUCGACACCCGCGACCUAUCUCUCUCACACACACACACACACACCUCCUCAAUCCCGUUGAUCUUAUUGAUAAUACCAGCUAUAUGGAAACAUGGCCGACGUCCCUCAGAUCGUCAAAAUUGGGAUUUCUCUGAAGAUGCUUCCCAACAACAGCGCGGUGCACUUCAAGUCUGACGGCGCCAGGUUCGGACAGACCCGGACCAUCAAGCUGCUGACCGGGUCCAAGUAUAAAAUCGAGGUGGUCGUUAAACCAGGAGCGGUCGAGGCCACGUCGAUGAGUGUGGGUGGGGUGACCUUCCCCCUGGAGCAGCAGUCUAAAGACCCGCAGGCGGUGGUAUAUACUGGCCAGUACGACACAGAAGGGGUGGCGCACACCAAGAGUGGAGAGAGGCAACCAGUUCAAAUCAACAUACAGUUCACAGAGGCAGGAAUGUUCGAAACCGUGUGGCAGGUGAAGUACUACAACUACAACAAGAGGGACCACUGCCAGUGGGGAAACAGCUUCAACAGCAUCGAGUACGAAUGCAAACCCAAUGACACGCGCACACUCAUGUGGGUCAACAAGGAGAUGUUUGUCUAAUGGAGGAAAAAGCUUGAAAAAGUCAGUGUGACUUUCUGUCAGUUUGUCAUGAUGAAAUUAAGACAUUUUCUAUUGUUUCCUGAUGCUAAAAGGGUGCGUUUGUCCUCCUUUUUUUGGCUUUAUUGUAGUCUUUCACUCUUUCAAUCAUCUACCAAUAUCAGAAAAUCAAAAAAUUAUACUCUGUUUGAAAAGAAAACUCACCCUUACCCUGUUUUUUCCCAUAAAAAUGCAUCAGAUUUGCUGCCAGAUUAGAACCUAUGGCACGGCAGAACAUAUAAAAUGCAGUGAUGUUGCUAGUCACGUCACAGUGGUUAAUUAAAUGUCAUUUUGAGAUAAUUUUUUUUUUUUAUGUAGAGUUCACUUGUGGCAUCUGGUAACCCUCAAGUGUGUUCAGACUUGUGUGUAUGUGUAUUUACAGUACUGUAUGUGUGUGAGUGCACGUGUGCCUCUGUGUUUAGCUACAGUAUGUAUGUAUGUGUGUACUUUAUAAACGGUGCUCGUAUAAACGUGUUUCAUUCCAAAAAGACUAUCUAACAUUUCCAGAAAUUCAUGUCAUGUCAGUUCUUUGAAAACCUUUUGAUGGCAUGGAAGUUAAGUGUAAUAAGUCAUGUUAUCAUUUACCAUAAUGUUAUUUUUACCUUGUAGAAUACAGCGUUUCUAUUCCUCUCAACUAAGAUCAGUGUCUUUGCCUUAGUGAUAUUUUUAUUUCAUUGGCCCCAUCUGUCCUCGGAUGGGAACUUUCCAUGAUAUAUGCAGCUUCUUAUGUUGUGGGGUAUAUUUUCAAAGUAUGCAACAGAGCAGGGCAAUAUGGGCAAAUGCAAUCUCUACACAGAGUUAAGAAUGAAUUCAAGUAAUAAUAAAAGUGCAGUAACUUGUACAAGGAUUACAUAACAUACUUUACUAAUACUUUCAGCCUAUUUUGCUGCUACUUUUAACCAUAUCUGUAUCAUGGGGGAGAUACCACUUCUUUUUAUCUGAACAGUCCUGUUGGUGUUGUUGCUGCCACCUCCAAAACCAUUUUACAUCACUCUUGAUUGACUAAAGAUGUAGUGGAACGCCUCACUGCAACCUGAUCAUUACUCACAAUAGGGAGCUAGCCAGUUAGCCAAAUGAACUAGAGACAUUGUUUGUCUGAAAGGGUUACAAGAUAAUGCAGUUGCCCAUCUCAUAACAUUUUUACUUUUACUACAUUUGAAUAAUCAAAUUGUGAUCUUCACCCAGGUACCUUGAUGAAAUCUGUCACUGACUCUCUGUGUAGCUGUGUGUAUGUGUAUUAUGUUGUGGUACCAGUUUGUGUACAGUAUGAUGCAGUGCAUUGGAAGUAGGAAUUUUGUAUUUGGGUGAAGUUGUGCCCCUAUUUACAGCUUGUUUGUUUUCUCUACCUCUUCUGAAGGACUUAGCCAUGAAUAUUUGUAUUUAUUAAAGAGAAAUUGGAUUUGGAAUAUUCAGAACAUAAACUUAAUAUAUUUUAAUAUUUUUUUCUAUUUCUUGUGGUAAAAAUAAUAUUUUAAUAGUGUUUUUGUACAGUGAACCAUUGGAGGUGUUUUCAUAUUGUGUGUAUUUUAGUAGAAAUGGACAUAUUGACAUACUGAAUUCACCUAUGCAAGAAAUCAGUCAACAAAAUAACAAUGAAAU